AUGGGAUUCGUAAGUACGUGGAUGAAAUGGAUUGAUGCGUCUAUUUUCAAGUGUCAUUGGUUUAUCUUAGUCAAUGAAAGUCCUACAAAGGAUUUUGAAGUGGGAAGAGGUUUAAGACAAGGAGAUCCACUAUCUCCUUUUCUUUUUUUGAUUAUAGCCAAAGAUUUAUUGGGGUUGAUAAAAAAGGCGUUAGAUAUGGGUGAUUUCAAAUGGUUUAAAGUUGAUGAGGAAACUUCGGUGGAACUGAUUCAAUUUGCGGAUGAUACGGUUUUUAUUGGAGGCGGUGGAUGGAAGCAUCUUUGGAGCAUUAAAGCGUUUCUCAGGGGUUUUAAACCUGUUUCUAGGCAGGGAGUGAAUUUUCAUAAGAGUAGGUUUAUUUGUAUAAAUAAGGAUCCAGUGAGAAUAUGGAAAGAUAUGGAUACGAUUAGACAAUGUUUUCUGUGGGGUGGAACAGAAGUAAAGAACAACAUCCAUUGGGUUAGAUGGAAUGAUGUUUGUAAGGAAAAGGAUUUGGUAGGUCUGGCAAUUAAGAGUAUAAAAGAUUUUAAUCUAGCUCUUCUUUCUAAGUGGCAGUGGAAAAUUUUGGAAGAGAGUAAUGCUUUGUGGAAGAGGGUUCUUAAAGCUAGAUAUGGUGGAAUAGAGCAUUUUGUUCCAUUUCUUUCAAACUUGGUGUUGGAACUUUGA